GAAACAUUGGUUCGUAGCCUAUUCUGUUUUUUUCCCACCUCUCAUUCUGGGUUUCCAUCCUCUACAUCUCUCUUCCAUUAACCCUACUCUCUGCUUUUUUCCAACCAGCUGUGGUUUACAUAACCAUCUUCAAUGAAUCGUGUCAAUGGCAACGCCAACACAAAGCUUCCGCCAAGACCCAUGUAAAACAAUUUCUGACAAAGAUAUGAUCCUCAUCUCGCCAAAUUCAGGACAAAUUCAAGUAGCAAAGAGAGAUUUUUGUGGUAUUUGUCACCUUGAAGUAAUUUCUCAGCACGUAUCCCUAUUCAUGCACUUUGAAAUUGCCACCACCUUCUUCUUCUACAUUUUUCUCACUUACUUCCCUUUAUAAAUCUCCUUCAAUUAAUUUCCUCUUUUCAGAUUGCGUAUGCUCUGUUUUUUCCGGGAAAAACAGAAGAUUUUUAAUUAGGCAGCCAUGAAUCUCAUUCACAGCUUUCUGAAUUUAGUCUCUCCACCCUUCACUUUUAUCUCCCUCUUCCUUUUACUACCGCCUUAUCAAGCUCUUAAAUCCUUCCUCUCUUUAGUUGGUGUUCUCUUCACUGAAAAUGUCAAUGGAAAGGUCGUUCUCAUCACUGGCGCUUCCUCCGGUAUCGGCGAGCAUUUGGCGUACGAGUAUGCGAAAAGAGGGGCUUGCUUAGUACUUGUAGCAAGACGACAGAAUCUACUUGAAGAAGUUGCAGACAUAGCUCGGUAUUAUGGAUCACCAGGUGUAAUAACCAUUAGAGCAGAUGUUUCCAAGUAUGAAGAUUGCCGACGAGUCAUCAACGAGACAAUGAAUCAAUUUGGGAGACUGGAUCAUUUGGUGAACAAUGCGGCGAUAAACCAUUUGGUGCUGUUUGAAGACAUAGCCGAUAUCGCUGCAUUCAGACAAGUAAUGGAUAUAAACUACUGGGGAGCAGUGUACAUGACUCAUCUGGCAAUUCCUUAUUUGAGAUACAGCAGAGGGAAGAUCGUGGCUUUGUCGGCUCCGCCGGCGUGGCUACCGGCACCUAGAAUGAGUAUUUAUAAUUCGAGCAAGGCGGCGAUUAAGAGUAUGUUUGAGACAAUGAGAGUGGAGCUUGCGCCGGACAUUGGUGUGACGAUUGUUACUCCUGGCUUCGUUGAAUCUGAACUGACUCAAGGAAAGGCAUUGAACGCUGUAGGCAAACUUGAACUUCGUCAGGACAUGAGGGAUGCGUUGAUAGGGAUUGUACCGGUGGAGACGGCGGAGGAAUGUGCGAAGGCGGUGGUGAGAGGGGUAUGCAGGGGACACAGGUACGUGACGGAGCCGUCGUGGUUCAAUGUGCUUUAUUACUGGAAGGCGUUUUGCCCGGAGGUGGUUGAGUGGUGCUACCGGAUAAUAGCUAUGCCGGCUCCUGGAGGUUCUGAAUCCGACGCCCUGAGCAAGCAGGCCCUGGAUUUGACCGGUGGCAAGUAUCUACUGUAUCCUUCUUCCAUUCGCUCCACCGAGUUGAAGGCCGAUUAAUAAUCCACAAUCAAAUUUAUCAGCUUUUUUUUUUUCUCAAAAGAAUAUACAUAUUUAUUUUUCCUUGUCUAUUUUGUGUCUGUGGUACCUCUUUGUAAAAUCUCUCAGCUUUCCUACUUCCA